UCUGACCCAGUGUUUAUGUUGGACCUGAGCCCAAGCAGCUCCCUGCUUUCAAUUAGAUUCCUCUCCAACUCUAAAAGGCUCGCUCACUCGCUUGGAUCGGAGAACGGCGGGCAGACGCACCGCGCCGCAGAAGAACCGCAACCUUUGGAAGCAGACUUUAUCCUUUGCGACGCCACCCGCUUCCUUCAUGUCCUUGUCGUCGUCGGUGCUGUCGUUGUGAUGCUUUGGAAGUAGAUUUUCCAACUCCAGAACUCCCUCGCUCGCUCCUUUGGCAUUGUAGAAUAGCAGAGACGCACACGCACAAGAACCACGAGCUUUGGAAGCUGACUUUCUUUUUAGAAAGCAGAGCAUUUUUUUGUUUCUCUUCAUCUUCUUCUCAUCCUGCCGCCGCUUUGGAACCAAACUCUGCUCCGUUGCUCCUCCUCCUCGUUCGGAUGAUGCCAGUCUCGUCGGCGCCAUUCUGAGGUGUCCCGAAAGCCGUCAUGCCGCGUCUGAGGCUCGUCUACCUCCUGUCAUGCCUGGUUGUCUCCUUCUCCCGGGCGGCCGACGGGCAGUCGGCCGGGGCGCCGGGGAGUGCCCCGGGCGCGGCCCGCGGCGGGCCGGACCGGCUGCAGGUCAUGUUCACGCCCACCAUCUGCAAGGUGCGCUGCAGCCAGCGGCGUUGCGUCAAUCACUGCGAGCGCGGCAACGUGACCACCCUGUUCAGUGGCCCGGCGACGGAACGGCCGAAUGGAGACCGAUUCAGAGUUUUUGUGUGUCGUCUGCUGUGUAAGAACGGAGGGGUGUGUCUGCUGAAGGAUCGAUGCCUCUGCCCUUCAAACUUUACCGGAAAGUUCUGCCAGAUUCCCGUCACAUCGCAAGCCAUGCCCUCAUUCACCUCACCCAAUGAAAUCGUCAAGCCUCCCCGCGUGUCAGUCGCCGCGCCCAGUACGGAUCUGACCCGGUCGGAGUUUCUGCUGCCACUCAGGGGUCAGAACCAGGACCUACCGGGCGGAGCAGCUGGAGCGUCCCUGGUGAAGGUCAGGGUGCAGCACCCUCCUGAAGCCAGUGUGAAGGUUCAUCAGGUGAUGAAGGUGUCUGGAUUCAUGCCCGCCCCGCAACCGCUCUUGUCCGGCGCGCUGUCUGGGUCCGCGGGGGCUCCGGCGCCGGUGGACAGCGGUGUCCGGACCCAGACGCUCGGGGGAGAGCGCGUCUACGCCCAACACAUCGGCUUCAAGUACUGCUUCAGGGAGGUCAAAGACGGACAGUGCAGUUCUCCUCUGCCAGGCCUGAGGAGCAAAGAGAUGUGCUGCCGAGGUCUGGGAAAGGCCUGGGGCUCCAGCGACUGCACCCUCUGCCCUCCGCACAAAGCAGGUCGAAACAACAGCACCUGUCCUGUUGGCUUUCAGCCAAGCAAUGGAACCAAAUGCCUUGACGUGGACGAGUGCCUGCAGCCCGGCCUUUGUGAGAACGGCCUGUGCGUGAACACGGCGGGGAGUUACAGUUGCGUUUGCGAGCCGGGCUACAUCUUGGAUGCCUCGCACGGACUCUGCAUCUCCCAGAGUGUGAUAUCUGAGGAGAAGGGUCAGUGCCACCGGGUCCUGGGCUCAGGUCUGGGCCCGUCCUCCUGCUCGCUGCCCAUCCUCAGGAACAUCACCAAGCAGAUCUGCUGCUGCAGCCGAGUCGGCAAGGCCUGGGGGCCCGAAUGCCAGCGCUGCCCCUACUUCGGCUCGGCGGCUUUCAAGGAGAUCUGCCCUGCCGGUCCGGGCUACCACUACUCCGCCUCCGUCCUCCAGUUCAGCCAGAGAGCCGCAGAUCAACUGGGCACCCGAGGAGCUCAGCUGGUCACCAACGGCGACCAACGACACCACGGCACUGCUUUUCGUGGAGCCGGCAAGUCUCAGCAGAAGCCCUCCUCCGGCCGACCCAGUCCGCCUCCACCUCGCCUGGCGGUCAGCCCGCCACCUUCGAGACCUGCGAAGCCCGGGAGCGCCGCGUGGCACAGACCUCAGACUCCCGACGGGGCCGCAACCCAGCCGACCCGCCCAAAACCAACCGCGGCUCCUGUAAGAUGGCCACCGCGAUCCAAUGAGAGUCAAGAUACAGGCCGCGACCAAGGAACUGCAGGGAGUCAGGGCACAAGUCAGAACCAAGUCACCUACAGGAGUCAAGGCACCAGGCAGAACCAAGACAUCGGCAGGAAUCGAGGCUCAAGUCAGAACCAUAACACGAGCGGAAGCCAGGGCUCGAGUCAGAACCUAGACAGGAGCUGGGACCAACGUACUGAUGGGAGUCAAGACACUACCAAGAACCAAGUCACCGGUCACAAGCAAGGGACGAGCAGAAGCCAAAUCCCCAAUCGGAGUCAAGGCACGAGACUAGGUCAAGGGAUCAGCAUCAGCCAAAGCUCGAGCGCAAAGGAGGCCACUAAACAAAGCCCAGGCAGCGGCAGAAGCCCGGUCACCGAUCGAAACCAAGUCGCAAGUGACAACCGAGGCACCGACGGGAGCCAAGAAACCAGUGGAGGUCCAAGUUCUACCUGGAACCGAGGAACAAGUGCUAGUCAAGGUCUUCUCCCAGGAAGAGGGGAUUCUCUCCCGGAACCGGCUCCACGGAUCCCCGAGCAAGACUCCGGCCCCCGGGGAGAUCUCUUGAAGCCACAAACAACCACCCGGCCGCCCCACGUGAAGCUGCGAGGUGCGUGUGAGAGCAAACCGGACGCCUGUGGCGGCGGUCGCUGUGUGGAUCAGCCGGGUGGCAAACACUCGUGCGUGUGUCAUCAAGGGUACAAGGCCAACGCCCAGCGUACGCACUGCCAGGAUGUGAAUGAGUGCGUUGCGUCUCGGGGUGUGUGUGCUCCAGGUGAGUGCGUGAACAAUGCAGGCAGCUACCGAUGUGUUUGUCCACCUGGAUACAAGACAGACGCUCGGAAGACUAGCUGUCAAGAUGUAAAUGAGUGUGAGGAUCCCCUGCUGUGUCCUGGUCAGGAAUGCAAAAACAAUCCUGGUUCGUACCGCUGCGUGUCCUGUCAGCCGGGAUUCGGACUUCUGAAUGGACUGUGCACAGACAUUGACGAGUGUGUUCAAGCUCCAUGCACCAACGGGGGCUGUGAAAACACUCCCGGAAGCUUCCGAUGCCUCUGUCGCCAUGGUUACAAGCUCACCAACAACACUUGUGCAGACAUAGACGAGUGCGCAGAUGUGUCUCAGUGUCCAGGUCAGAUAUGUGUCAAUUCUGUGGGCUCGUAUCGUUGCGUGUCCUGCCGCCCAGGAUACACACUGACCAACAAACAGUGCACAGACGUCAACGAGUGUGAGGACUCAUCGUUGUGUCCGGGGGGGCAGUGUGUCAACACGAAGGGCUCCUACAAGUGUGUGGACUGUCGCCAAGGUUACCGGGCUACGAAUGGAGUGUGUGAAGACGUGGACGAGUGCCUAAAUGAGUCUGCUUGCGAGACGGAGCGCGUGUGCGUCAAUACCGUCGGCUCGUUCCGCUGCAACUGCCUACCGGGGUAUCGAACCUUCGGUCGAGGGAGACCGUGUCGAGACAUUGACGAGUGUCUGGAGGAGAACUGGUGCCCCCCCACGGGAGAGUGCGUCAACACCCCGGGCUCGUUCAGGUGCGUGUGUCCUCAAGGAUACGCGCUCGACGAAGGCCACGACGGCAACAACAGAACGUGCGUCGACGUGAACGAGUGCGCGAGGGCCGACGUGUGCGCCGACGGCGAGUGCGUCAACACCGAAGGAUCCUUCGCGUGCCGAUGUCGGCGGGGAUUCGUCAGUAACCCGGAGAGCAACGCCUGCCUCGACGCGGACGAGUGCGCGUCGUCCGGCGGCUCCAUCUGCGGAGAAUCCGAGCGCUGCGAGAACACCAUCGGCUCGUACCGCUGCCUGACUUCCUGCGAGCCGGGCUUCCGGGCCUCGGCCGACGGACGCUGCCACGACGUGGACGAGUGCGCCGACGGAUCGGCCUGCGGCCGGCACGCCGUCUGUCAGAACGUGGCGGGGACGUACGUGUGUGUGUGCGACCCGGGCUUCACCGCCGCGCCCGACGGGAACUCCUGCGAAGACGAGGACGAGUGCGCGUCCAUGCCCGGCGUGUGCGGUUCGGCUCGCUGUGACAACCUGGAAGGCUCGUUCAUGUGCGAGUGCGACACGCCGGGGGAACACUUCCACGCAGCCGCUCGACGAUGCGUGAGCCCGCUGCCGCCAGAGGCUUUCGACCUCCGCCCUUCCUCAUCCUCGUCCUCCUUCCACGCGGGCGCCUUUGAGUUGCCGGCGCCGCGUCCGGGCGAGCUGCGGGAGUGCUACUACGACGUGAGCUCGUCGUCGUGUAGCCUGCUGGCCGCCAACACCAGCCGGCAAGAGUGCUGCUGCACCCUGGGGGAGGGCUGGGGCCUGGGCUGCAGGUACCUCGCCUGCCCCCCCGCCAACUCAGCCGACUUCCUGUCGCUGUGUCCCAGCGGGAGAGGAUACGUGACCUCCGGGGAGGCGGACUUCAGCUACACAGAUGUGGACGAGUGCAAGCGCUUCCAUCCGCAGGUGUGCAAGAACGGCGUUUGUGUCAACAACAUUCCCGGUUACAACUGUUACUGCUCCAGCGGAUUUGUUUACAGCGUCGCGCUACUCGAGUGUGUCGAUCUGGACGAGUGCGAGCAGGAGAGUUGCGAAGGAGGCUCGUGCGUCAACACCCUGGGGUCUUAUUAUUGCAGCUGCUCACCGCCUCUCGUGCUGGACGACACGCAACGAAAGUGCGUCAACGCCUCUCACCUCACCCCCGAUGAGAACUUGUCGGUGUGCUGGCAGACGGUGAGCGCCGAGCUGAUGUGCCAGAGUCCCCUGUUGGGGGCGCAAGUCACCUUCAGCGACUGCUGCUGUCUCUACGGCCAGGGCUGGGGCAUGGAGUGUGCUCUUUGCCCGCAAACCGACUCCGAUGACUUUGGCAGCCUGUGCAGCUCCUUCCCUGCUGUCGUCUUCCCUGACCCGGAAGCGCUUGGACCAGGAAGAGGUGGAGGGCCGCCCUUCUUCCCCCCGUUCAGCAGCGACGCCUUCCCCCCGGACGCUCUCGCCGCCACCGACUACGACGACUACACUCCGGGAGGGGGCGGCGGCUUCGCUUUCCCGGGCGGGGCGCCGCCGGCUGACGCCUAUCCCGGCCCCCGGCACUUUGAUGAGGCUUAUUACCCGGGGCGACCCUACGAGGAUUCGCCGGCGUUCGGAGUCGGACGGCAGUCGCCGCCGUCGCCGGGCGAGUCGCCUCUCAACUUGGCUCCGCUUCCGCAAGGCUCUCCUUUUGAUGAGGACUUGGAAGGCGACUCGUGGGGGCCCGGACCGCCGCCCCCGCCCAGGAGGCUGUAUGAGCGCCGCUACGACGCGUACGCCGGACUGAGCGCGGCGGACGAUUGCGGGAUUGUUGACGGCUGCCGAAACGGCACGUGCAUCCGCCUGGACGAGGGCUACACCUGCGACUGUUACCACGGUUACCGACUGGACGCCACCACCAUGACGUGCAUCGACGUCAACGAAUGCCUGGGCGGCGUGGACGUGGACUUCCCCUGCAUCAACUCGCGCUGCGUCAACACGGACGGCUCCUUCCGCUGCGUAUGUCGGCGCGGCUACGUCAUGUCGCGCAGGCUCAACCAUUGCGUGCCCGCCUAGACCGGACAGCACCGGAACGGAACGGACGGACGGACGGAAGGAAGCAGCCCAAAGCGGUGUAGAGACGCUCAGACUUUAGCUGGACUCCAAGCGGCUUCAGGAAGUCCGAGCGGCGGUCCGACUUCAGCCGGAGCUUAGCCUUAGCGUUUCUGUUCGCCCGGUUAAUAUGCUUCUGGAAGCACAAUUUGCUUUCUUUGUCGUUUUUAGUUUUUCAACCGAGACACUAAAAGUAAACCUUUGUCACAUAAAAAGAAUGAUUUGGCGUCACUAUUUUGGAUGUUGUCAUUGGGUGAAUCCGCUCCAACUUGAAAAGUUAGCGGCCAUGGCCAGAUGCUAACGGCAAAACGCCGCUCCAAAACAGUUUGGACAUUUUCACGAUGCAGGACAAAAGUUCCACGUCUCAUUGACUCAAUUCUCACUUUGUCUGAAGACGUGAGGAAAGUGGGGGCAAAAAAACAUCCGGCAGUGAGCAGCGAUUUGUUUUGAGCGUUCUGCAUUUAUCGACUCAAUCGUCUGUUAGUUGAUUUUUGUAGUUGACUUGUUAUACCUUUUAAUAUUUGCAUUCUACCCAUUCCAAAUAGGAAUGAGCGUGUCAGCGUGCCGAUGAGAUUUUGUGUGCGUGUUGCCGCCAAAAGGUCACAGCUCCUGUACCAGACCUUUAAAUAUUUCAUCCAAUUACAACUUUGACUCGUAGCGUGUCACUUGCUGCGUUUUAUGAGGCUGAACUCAAUUCACUCUCCUAAGUGGCAUGCCACUUGACACCGUUGAUUUGUUUUCCACCUCGUGUCAACAAGCGUGUCUGAUGUGGAGCGUGUGUGAGGGUGUGAUUGUGAAACGAAUCGCCUUUCGACAUGAAAUGUGCCUUGGUCAAACCUCAACUUGACCACAUUCCAAUGUGAAAGUUGCCACAUUAAAAUGAGAUCCUGAA